UAGUAAUGUGAAACUUGGAAAUCUUGUCAAAGUAUUUUAUUUAUACAAAAAAAGAAAACAUGGCUGUGGUAAACAUCGCCAUAGUUUUAGCUCUUUGUUGGUUGGUCGUGGUAGAAGCUAGCCCCGAAGAAGACAGCCUAAAGGAGCACAAUCGGUUGAGGAAAAAGCACGGCUGUCCCCCUUUGACUUUGGAUGACACUCUGACCAAGGACUGCGAAGAGUAUGCGAAAGUUAUAGGAGAACAAGGAUCAUUGACGCAUUCAGGUGAUGGACGAAAAUAUGGUGAAAACUUGUGCUAUCGGUCUGACGAUCCUUUGAAAUGUGUUCAAGACUGGUACGAUGAAAUCAAGGACUACGACUUUGAUAAAGGACAGUAUAGCUCUGGCAUUGGUCAUUUUACCGCCAUGAUUUGGAAAAGUGCACAAAAAAUGGGUUAUGGCCAAGUCAAAAACGAUAAAGGUGUCUACUUCGUGGUAGCAAGAUAUUAUCCGCCAGUGAACAUUAUUGGGCAAUUCAAAGAAAAUGUUCCCAAGCCGAUUGAUGGAAGUGAUGGUACUACAAUGUUUGACAACUCCAGUAUGGUUCAAGUGAACGCCCUUCUCAUCUUGCUUGCCUUCUUGCACUUUACGAAUUAGAGCCUGUCCCAUUUUUCUUUCUUGUGCCUGCAUCGACUGAAAAUUUGUUGUUCACCUUUUCAAAUAUAUUCAUCUUUAUUUAAUUUAAAA